AUGUUAUGUCUCCUUCCAUCCCGAUCAUAUGAAACUCCACAUGGAAACCGCAAGACGGCGAAGUCUUCCGUGUUUUCAUUGUUCAAUCUCAAGGACAAAAGCAGAUUCUGGAGCGAGUCUGUCUUUCGUAGCGAUUUUGAUGAUCUUGAGUCUUCGGUACACUCGAAUUCCGGUGUGCUGAAUUACACUAAGUCAGGAAACAUCGCGAGUUACCUUGAGCUUAUGGAAAUCGACUCCGUGUAUCUUCCCGUGCCAGUCAAUUUUAUUUUCAUAGGCUUUGAUGGAAAAGGAAACCAAGAGUUCAAACUCCUUUCCGAGGAACUUGAGCGUUGGUUCAACAAAAUUGAUCACAUGUUUGAGCACACGCGAGUUCCACAGACCAAAGAAGUUCUCAGUCCUUUUUACAAGACUAACUUUGAAAAGGAGUCGAAACACCAUCUUCCUAUCAUCAGUCGCCUCAACUACAACUUUUCUGUUCAUGCUAUACAAAUGGGAGAAAAGGUGACAUCAGUGGUCGAACGCGCCAUCAAUGUUUUAGCACGCAAGGAUGACAUUUCGACCAAUAGAGAUGAGGAAAAUGCUCUAAGACAAGUCGAUGCUGAGAUGAUGGAAUUCAUUUUCUCUAGCCUUGUUGAAUACUUUCAUAUUGGGGAUGCAUACAACGUAUUUAUUUUGAAUCCCAAACAUGAUAUGAAAAAAGGCAGAUAUGGAUACCGGUGA